AUGAUAGAUAAUGAAGCGGUGAAUUGGUUAUUACAGUCUCCCUUUCCUCUUGAACCUUCCCAUAGGACAAUAACCCCAAAGAAAGUGCAAGCCAUUGAUGGUGAAGGGGCUCUUUCUGUUCCCUCAUCUUACUCCCUUUUGAAAACUCCAUCUCGCCUUCGCUCCUCUCUUCCACAUGGUGGUGAUAUUUUCAGAAUUCAUAAGAUCUCUGAAGUUUCUAAGAUUCUGGCUAAUGUUCGACAUUCUAAACAUGGACCUAGAAAACUUCCCAAAACUCCAGUUCUGAAAAAUCCUAUUGAUCCCAACACUCCUAUUUCUUUAAGCCCUAAUGUCAAAAUUAUCUACCCUUGUUCUUUUUAA